UUAGACAUGACAUGAGAACAAAUAUGGCGCCGGUGUAAAUAAACGAAGACUGUUGAAGCAUUUUAGGUACCGUGAGGAUCCACAACUAUGGGAAACAAUGCUUCCCAGCUAGAGAAGGAAAUUGGAUCCGAACAGUUGCCUGCAAAUGAACACUACUUCGGAUUAGUGAAUUUUGGUAACACCUGUUACUGUAAUUCGGUUCUACAAGCACUGUAUUUCUGUCGGCCAUUCCGAGAGAAGGUGUUGCAGUACAAACAACACCAGAAGAACAACAAGAAGGAGAGCCUGCUGACCUGUCUAGCCGACCUCUUCUACAACAUAGCAACGCAGAAAAAGAAGGUCGGAACUAUUGCUCCAAAGAAAUUCAUCACAAGGUUGCGCAAGGAAUAUGAACUUUUCGACAACUACAUGCAGCAAGAUGCACAUGAGUUCCUCAACUACUUACUCAACAGGGUGUCCGAGCUGCUCCAAGAAAAACAGGGAACUAAGCCAAAGAAUGGAGGGAGUGAUAACCAGCCUGGUUCCAAGUCAGAACCCACAUGGGUGGAGGACCUGUUCCAGGGGACAUUCACGAACGAGACACGGUGUCUAAACUGUGAGACGGUCAGCAGUAAGGAUGAGGAUUUCCUAGACCUGUCUGUAGACGUAGAACAGAACACCUCUAUCACACACUGUCUGCGGGGUUUCAGCAGCACAGAGACCCUUUGUGCAGAGCACAAGUACUACUGCGAGGGAUGCUGUAGUAAACAGGAGGCCCAGAAAAGGAUGAGAGUGAAAAAGUUGCCUCAGAUUCUGGCUCUGCACCUGAAGAGGUUCAAGUACAUGGAACAGAUGAACCGAUUUACCAAGUUGUCAUACAGAGUUGUCUUUCCCUUAGAGUUACGAUUGUUUAAUACAUCGGAUGACGCUUGUAACCCUGACCGAAUGUACGACCUGGUAGCCGUGGUGAUUCAUAUCGGCAGCAGCCUCAACCGAGGACACUACAUCAGUAUUGUUAAGAGUGACGGCUUCUGGUUCCUGUUUGACGAUGAUAUUGUUGAUAAAAUUGAUUCCAAUGCUAUAGAAGACUUUUACGGAUUGCCUUCGGAUUUACAGAAAAACUCAGAGACUGGUUAUAUUUUGUUUUAUCAAUCCCGGGAAUGAAUCUGCCAUGGAUGCUAGUCGGACAAAGAAGUGCUUGUUUGGGAGGAAAACCUCGAGCAUGUUGAUUAGUGUGUGAACUUAAUAGAAUUGUGAUAUUUUGUUUUAAUCUUUGAUGUUUUUACUUCCUGUUUUGUUUAAGGAUGUAAACGUAGAUUUGAGUGAACGAGAGUAGACCACUGUGUCUGUGAAUCGUGAUAUGUUGUUGUUGAGGUCAAUUGAUGCAUUGUUUACAGGAGUAUUCAAUCUACAAAUUCUCUUCCAGAUGAAGGCAGUAGGUACUUGGCCCCUUAGCUGUAGAGCUAAAAAAAAAGUGGUAAAAAAAGAAACACAGGAUUAUGUCGAAAGUUGAAUUUUUUGUUUUGGGGUAUUUUAACAUUGGUGUGAAUUUGUCAAGGAUGGCUAGUGGUGCUACUGUUUGUCUCAGCUGAACAAAAAUUAGAUCUGAAGUUGAGGUAACAAUUCGAAUGUUACAGCUUUUUUAUGGCAUUUGUACCAGAUUUGGAAAUGAAAUCAUUCACCUGAUUUGCAAUAGUGCUUUGACUGUUAAAUGUAGCAAUGAGUUUUAAUAUGAAACAAGAAAUUACUAUGUGUAUCAACAAUAUGCUUGAGUAUAAGCUAAUAUUUUAUUGAAAUAAAAAAUCAUCAUGUAUUAUAUACAAAUUGUUCAUGUGAAAAUGAAGAGGUCUAAAUGAAAUUUAGAGUGGCAGAUAAGAGGCUUACCAUGUUAUUAGUGAUAAAGUUGACCUCAACAGUGUAGGUCUACAUGCAUAUCAUAUAAACAAAACAAAAAUCAACUCAGCAAAUACAGGUGAUGAUAUUUACACAGUCAAGUUAUAUAGAUAUAGAACCAAUCAUAAAAUUCACAUAACAUUUGGGCAUUCAUUUCAUGGGUCACUGGUCAAACACCUAUUAAGGGCAGAAAAUGUGUCAACUGUUUAAUUGACACUAAUCAUGUUAACGAUUAUCAAACAAGACUGGUCGAUCAUCCUACCUAGUCUAACUGGCCAUCCUAGAUACACCAUCAAUUUAUUAUGUCUCUCAACCCUAGCUUAUAAUGAAAUCAAUACACAGAAACAGGUUUUUUUUGUGGGGACAUCAUGGAUUUAUGUUCAAUAUUUAAGCUCUCUUCAAAAAUAACCUUUAUGGUAAAUUUUAUUUAAAAAAAAAAAAGAAAUAUGUAUGCUUAACCAAAGUCUGUAGAUUUAGUUGGUGUUGAUAUUUGGUUUAUGAUUAUUCGUCAUAAUAAAACAAAAUCAUGUUGAAUUUGAAUUCUUUGAAACAGAAAUGGAGUAUGACUGAGAAAUAUAUAUUUGCAGAAUGAAGUGAUUUAUCAGUACUUUGUAAUCUGACCUCUGUGCAAUGUUUGUAUUAUAGGUAUGAUCACAUUAUUUAUUAAUUUAGACCUGAGAAAUUGUACAAUAUUUUGCAAUUACAACUUGUCCAGAUGUGACAGUUACAGUUUUGUGUCAGUCAAUAGGGUUUUAUUAAUGAAAGGCAAUGAAUUUUCCUCUUGAAGAGUAAAUAUACUUAUUCAGUCAUUUUAUGCAUUUCCACAUUUGUACAGGUUGUUUCCAUAUUAAAAUUUGCAUGCUUCAACUAUAGAUAUUAGUAAGAUAUGAUUAAUAAUGAAGAGUGAUUGGAUUGAAACAUUUCUACUAAAGGUUCUUAUGUCGAAGUGAAAUUCAUUUCAUUUUGAUCGGAGUAGCUUGAUGCAAAUGUACUUUUUGAUAUAAUGCUAUGUAAGAAAUACCUCAGAAUACAAAUGUCAUAUUGAUAGGAUCAUGUUUUGUUUCUAUCUGUAACACAGGGUUGUAUCAAGCUUCUGAAUUAUAGCUCAAUCACACACUGAGAAGUUAUGAUGUACAAUAUCUUUUAUAGAUAAAACUGAAAACAAAACCUAAAAAUCCUGGGAUUUCAAGCUGUCACCUUUAGAAAAUAGUACAAAUAUUUAUAUUUUUGUAGACUUCUCGUCAAAAAAAAAAUAUAUAUAUAAAAAAUAUGAGGUAGAUAGGCAAUAUGGAUCUGAAGCUUCUAGUACAAACAAUUUCUGAGUAUACUGUAGGUAAUUAGUGUCUUUUUAAGUUUAACAUUUUCUUUAAUUUAUUGGUGCAGGAGCUAUAGUUCGAAUUUACAGAACAGAAAUGCUUGUGGCCUUUAAGAAAGAAUGAAAUUAUAAUAAGCAUCACCUUCAUAUUUAAAACCAGCCAGUUGGGGUUGGUUAUGGGACACAUACUCAUCAGUAUAUCAAGUAAUUGAUUAUAUUGUAAUUCUAUUCUAUGGUAUGAUCAAGGGCCAAAACCAAUUUAAAUAUUAGAUAUGUGUUAUAAUAUGUAAAUACCCAGUGUAUGCUCAAUAAAUCACUGUAAACAAGAAAAGACAGUAAAUACUAGUGCUGUACUAUACCAAGUAGAUUCUGAACUCUUUGAUACUGUUUAGAUUACUGCUGGACAAAGUUUGGGUACCACUCACUUCUUCCAUUUUCAAGUAUGUAUACUAGACAGUACUUCAGACACUCUCUUCUCUGUUGACAUUUACAUGUGUACCAGAUUGUAUAACUGUUUGGCAGCUCCAAACAAAGAAAUACUGAAUCAAUCCACAAAAGAGGCAUAGAAAUGAAUACUAGUCUGAUAUGAGUUAUCAUAAAAAGUAAAUGGAUGAUUCUUUUAGAUUGGGUUUUAGUAUGGUCCAUAUAUAAAAAUGGCUCUGGGGAGUUGCUUGAAAAUGAUAGGCAAUAGGAAACGAAAACUUUAUAUCCAUGUACAGUACAGACAGACAGACUUAACUUCAAGAAUAGAGAAAUUCUAAAACAUUAUCAGUUGAUAUUGUUAGCUUUGCUUUAUUACAAUUGUCAAUAUACAAUUCAGUUUCCUUAUUUAAGCUUUAUUGUUAAUUUUGAAGUGGAAUGUAAUAUUUUUUUUUCCCCUCAAGUCUGUACUUGUAUUACCAAAAUAUUUGUAGCAUAUGACGGCAGGAGACGUAAAUCAUUCUCGCCUACAUCUCUUUUAAUGUCUUGCACUGGUAUGCUAUUUGUACGUUGCAGUUCAGUUUUACAUGUGUGUGAUGAACAAAGCAAUUUAUAACAAUAUUUGAAUAUGGUUCACCCCAGUCCUUACCAUCACAGCUUAAUUUUAUGCAUAAUGCUUUCUAAUGAAAACAGUUGAAUUCAGAAAUCCCUGUGGCAUUUUACAACCUGUCAAGUAUCGUGGGCAUACAACUGACCAAAAAAUGAUUGGUGCAAAAUGAAAACAGGUCAUUUAUGAAAACCUUUGGUAGAUCAUAUGAUCCGGCCAUGACUUCUCAAAAAUAAUUGAGUUUUCCUAAAUUAAUUUAAGCCAUUGAACUUUCUUUAAUAUUGAAAUUAUUUGGUGUUUUUUAUCGCAUUUUUAAAAUAUCCUUUCUGUUCAGAAAUAUCAACUGCAUUAGCAAUAUACUUUCAGAAAAAAUAAGGAAACAAUGUUUUUUAACUUACUUUUAACUGAGAAUAAAUUCAUUCUUAUAGGUAAAGUUAAAUGUAGACACUUAUAUUUAGAUAAAGAAAAUUGAUAUGUUAAUAUUAUUUCAAAUUUGAAGCAAAUUCAGUAUUUUUAAACAAAUAAAUGUUUGGAUUGAAAGAAAUUUGUUUUUCCAGAAUUCAAGUUCUCCUCAAUAGUUUGGGAUUUGAUUGACAUUCCUGUAACCUUGUAUAUUUAUAUCAUGUGUACAAUCAAUUGAAUAUGUUAAACGUGUAGCUUAAUGGAUGAUACUGAUUGCAAAACAAAGUGUCUUUGUUGAUAUAUUUUAAUGUAACACUAGUGUAUAUAUAGGAAGCCAGAUUUGAGUAUGUAUGUCGAUCAUGCGACAUGUUCCCUAUCAGUGCUAUUACUAGUACUUAGUAUUUCUUAUCCAAUAUUUAGACACAUCUUUAUGCAACAUAACGGGAUAUCUUCAUUUGAUUACAGUUCAAUUAAUAUACAGUAGUUUUGAAUAAGCCAUACGCAUUUGACUUUGAGAAAAACUUGGACGAAUUCUGGAAAGAUCUUGAGUUGAAGUACGAUCAUACAGCGUCUUGUGUAUAGGCUUAUUUUAUGUUUACCAAAUUGUAUUUCAAUUAUAUUCAUGUGUAUAUAGAGGCAGCUGCCUCUAUCCACUAAUAUCCUAUUAAAUCCUAUUAAGUAUGUGUGAUGUUAAAAAAGCAUGCACAUAUGUAACCCUUUUUAUGUAAAUCACCAUUUUACCAAUUGUUACAAUUUCCUUGAUAUUGUAUUUUUUUCUUUUCCUUACUUUAGAUAUAAUCAACAAAAUGUGUCAUAUCACUCCUCAGAUUUAUUACUUUUGUCGAUUUGUAAUUAAUUGAAACAGCGUAUGAUUUGUUAAUUGAAAAAAAAAAUCACAAUUAAUACCAAUAACAAAAUGAGAGCUGAAUCUGUCUACAGUUCGCAGGUUCAUCUUUGAUGUAAAUUAACUCAUUCCCCCCUGAAGACACGUUUGAACUCUUCCAAAUCAAAGGUUGGAAUAGUCCCCUAGUUUUCAGGGGUGACUGAGUUAAAGAAUUCAACAUUUCCCUGCACACACACACAUAUAUAUAAGGACAACAAGGAUUUUCGCUUCUGUUUGUAAGUGGUUAAUUUGCCUGAUGUCGUGUGAUGUCACUACUCAAUACCAUCUUUAUGUAUGUGUACUCAUCAGAUAUCUUACAUAUCUUCACAUUUUCAUCGGUUAAUUUCCACCGCGUAGUUUUAGUAUUAUUCCGUUUGAAAUCUUCUCCAGUAGUAUAUCAAUGGGACAUGCGCUUGAACAAAAAAAAGACUUUUUUUUCAUUAAGAAAAGGCUUCAAUAUUAAUACAUAAUCCAACAGUGAUAGAGGUUUACACAGCGAGAUAUUUUUGACAGGCACCGUGUCGCAGAUCGGCAAAAUCAUAUCCGGUAGAAAAAAGGCUGUAAGACUACAGUAUUACAAUAAUUUGAUCUUGAUCUGUUUUUAGAAUGUACAAAAAACAUUCAAUUAAUUACAUGAUAUUUUUUUUCUAACUCAUGCUGUGGCUUAAACUGGUGUUAUUAGGAUGAUCAAAGGGAAUAUUAACACAGAUAAAUAACUGGAUAAUGUCAAAACAGUAUCUGUGUAUGGGAUGGCAUAGAAAUAAUUCAAAAGCUGAUGUCUGUUAAAGCAGCCAUGCACUUAGGUAAGCUUGUGUAUGAUGUAUCAUAAUCAGAUUGUAAAUGUAUCGUAGUAAUAUGUAUAAUAUACAAUUAAUUUUGUCUUAAUUGCCAAUAAUGACAUAUAUGCAGUAAUUAAGAGAAUUGCAGAAACAAUUGCAAACAAUUAUAAUGGUGUGUAAUAGCAAUGUUUGAAGGUUAAUGAUUUGUUAUAUUUGUAUGUACAAAUAGUACAUUUCUCUCGUGUGUGGUCUCUGUUAUCUUAUUAUGAGGGGUGUG